GGCAAGCUGUAAGCUAUGAGUUCCGCCCGGGCGAUAGCCUCGUUGGACCCUCGUUGCAGAUCAAAGCACCGGAGGGUCCACGAUGGUCGGGAAUGGAGGUCAAAGUCCUCUUCCUAAGCAAUGCGUUAGCUCGCAUGGAACCGGCCAUGGCAGAUGUGCCAGAAACUAUCUAUGCCAUUAUCCGGGAUCCAGAUGCGAAAGGGCACUUGGAUAAUUCCAACACUGCUUGGACUCUGGAAGACGUCCCUGAUGCAAAACGCAGGCCCCCGUUCCGUCGCUAUAUGAUACCAAUGGCGACACCAACCCUUCGCAUCGACUUGCACUGCGUGACGGUUCUCAUCCGCCCGCCGUGGAUGAUACUCCUUCGCAGGAUGCUUAUCCCGAUCGAGCGCGAAGCUGAUUUUCUUCGAGGUAUGGCUCUUGUGUUCCAUCGCGACAGUCAGGUCAUGCCACAUAUCAUCGAGGAGAAUCCUGACGCACAAGUCACGGCGGAUUCGCUUCCCCGGCCUCGUCCCCCAGAUACACACGGGCGUAAACUUUUCAAGCAGCUGGUGAAGCGUGUCAUGGUUCGUCCAAAUGGUGGAGCUUUAUGACGCGCCCAUCGAUUGGGACGACUGGAAAGAGCCUGACGAAAAUCCGGUGACCCAACCCGAGGAGCGCCCAGCCAAGAUACCGGGAUUGGCUUCCACUGUCCUUGAACUGGAGGCUCGUAAGUUUGUAGAAUUGCCAAUGACUGGAGAGCUUGCUGCCCACGAGCAGAAGUUUGUGGAUCGGUAUGAUUACCUUCACCGGUUGAUUAAAUAGAGUUGAUUCGCUUGCGAACGUUCAAAUUUCAAGUCUUCAUAUUUUCGCGCUCAGUCCCUGAGUCUAUUGAUGGUCUAGUAUUCUC